GUUACUGAUACACGCCUCGUGAUGUUGUAAUGUGAUUUCCGCAACUGCAAGGGGGUCACGUUUGUAGUGCAAACUCGAGAAGAAUCCAUUCAUUUGUCGCAGUGAUCUUUCAGCGUCUGUAUUAAUAAAGGCUGAACAUGAUCAGGACGGCGGUGUGUCGGGCAGGGAGUGGUCUUUUAAAGCAUUCACGGCAAACCCUGCCUGCUUUAUGGGGGACCCGUGCUCAACAUCGAUGGGCUUCCAGCCUCCCUUUGAACACCGUGGUUCUGUUCGUGCCCCAGCAGGAAGCUUGGGUGGUGGAAAGAAUGGGCCGUUUCCACCGAAUCCUGGAACCAGGUCUAAACUUCCUGAUUCCCAUCUUGGACCGAGUUAAAUACGUUCAAAGCCUCAAAGAGAUAGUGAUCGAUGUGCCCGAGCAGUCAGCCGUUUCCCUCGACAAUGUGACGUUGCAGAUAGAUGGAGUUUUAUAUCUCAGGAUACUCGACCCAUUUAAGGCCAGUUAUGGAGUGGAGGACCCAGAAUAUGCUGUUACCCAGCUGGCACAGACCACCAUGAGAUCAGAGCUGGGAAAACUGACUCUGGACAAAGUGUUUAGGGAAAGAGAGUCCCUGAAUUCCAAUAUCGUUCACUCUAUAAACCAGGCAUCAGAUGAAUGGGGGAUUCGAUGUCUUCGAUACGAGAUCAAAGACAUUCACGUUCCUCCACGGGUAAAAGAGUCUAUGCAAAUGCAGGUGGAGGCCGAGCGGAAGAAGAGAGCCACUGUUCUGGAGUCAGAGGGGACGAGGGAGGCGGCCAUCAAUGUGGCUGAGGGUCGCAAACAGGCUCAGAUUCUGGCGUCUGAGGGGCAGAAAGCCGAACAGAUAAAUAAAGCUGCUGGUGAAGCGAAUGCUGUUUUGGCUAAAGCUGAGGCAAAGGCCAAAGCUAUCCAGCUGCUGUCCGAGGCGCUCACCGAGCAGAAUGGAAACGCUGCAGCAUCUUUAACGGUAGCUGAACAAUACGUCUCUGCUUUCUCCAACCUGGCCAAGGAAUCUAACACCAUCUUAUUGCCUUCCAACACAGGAGACAUCAGCAGCAUGGUCUCUCAGGCCAUGGCAAUAUACGGGAGUUUAUCAAAGACAAAGAGCGCAGCAGACAGUGGGACCGCUGAGACCAACGAGCCAGUUUGGAAAGAAGACGCUAUGUCUGAAACAGAAACUGGACAUAAAUAAUGGUUAAAGACGGAAAGCGUUGACACUGCAAAGAUUCUGGUUGUAGAAGACUGAUGCGAGAGAACCGAAAUGAUAAAAUCGCAGAAGAUUUUAUUGCGUGUAUGUUUUUGUUUAUUAUAAUAAAUAUGGAAUAUUUAGUUUUUCCUGAUAA